AUGAGCGAAGCACUCAACAGAGACUACCAAGUCUGCGAGGAUAUCGGCCGUGGACGAUUUGGUACUGUUUUCCGAUGCAUCUCCCGCUCUACCGGCGACUCUUUCGCCGUCAAAUCCAUUGUCAAGAGCCUCGUCUCCGGUGAUUCCCUCGAAGAACAAUGUCUCUUAACGGAGCCCAAGAUCCUCCACCUCCUUUCUCCUCACCCCCACAUCAUCCAACUCCAUAACAUCUACGAAGACGAAACUCACCUUCACAUGGUAAUCGAUUUGUGCUCUAAUCAAGACCUCCAUGAUUUGAUAGUCACUAACGGCGUUCUUUCAGAGAACGAAGCCAGAGUGGUUUUUAAUCAACUGAUGAAAGCUAUCUCUCACUGUCAUAGAUACGGUAUCAUUCAUCGAGACAUCAAGCCUGACAACAUCUUGUUUGACGAGGAGAAUGCAAUUAAGGUAGCUGAUUUUGGAUCUGCUGAGGCUGUAAUGGAAGGGGAGAUGGUGAACGGUGUAGUAGGGACACCGUACUAUGUGGCCCCUGAGGUAUUGUUGGGGAGAGAAUAUGGAGAAAAGGUGGACGUGUGGAGUGCUGGGGUGGUGUUGUAUAUAAUGUUAGCUGGAUUUCCGCCGUUUUAUGGGGAUACAGCUGUGGAGGUAUUCGAGGCGGUUUUGAGAGGAAAUUUGAGGUUUCCGGCCAGAGUUUUUCAGUCUGUGUCUACAAGUGCGAAGGAUCUGUUAAGGAGGAUGCUUUGUAAAGAUGUUUCCAGGCGAUUCUCCGCUGAACAAGUGCUAAGACAUCCAUGGGUGGCAAAUGUGGCUGAUUUAACAUGA